AACCUUUCCAUUGUUAAACAAAGCAAAUAGGUACCAUACUUCAACAGCUCCACAAUUGUCACAGGUGUCAACUCCAUAGGUAUAUUAAACACCGGCAUACAAUGCUUUCAAGUUGACAAGGUCCUUUCACACACCUUAUCUCACGGUCUAAGGGAGCUGAGUGUACUGAUAACUGAAGAGGUUUCUGACUCCGCCCCGACCUUCAGCCUGCUGGAAGGUGAGCCGUGCUAGGUGAUAAGCCUCAAAGAGGCAAAGUCCCCCUUCCCACCACAUGCACAGUCACUACUCCUGUGGGAGGGAGCGCACACUUGCUCAGAGCUGGGCAUCUGGCAGGUGGUUGGGCUGUUGCGGGGUUGCAUCCAGUCCAUCCCUGCGCCAGCCCACAGAGCCUGGAGCUGAGAAGCUCUGUCCUCCGGAUCAGAUACCCUGUCAUCUGGAGGCCCCCUCCUCCUGAGAGGACUUUCGUCUUUGGAGCUGUCGCUGGGCUGAGAGAUGGGAGCUCAGCGGGUUGGCAGGCAGUGAAGGGAAGGAAGGAACAUGGCAGAGGCCACCUGCUGCCCAGACAAGACUGACAUCAUGGAGCCAAAGGCAGUGCGCUCUCGGAGGAGAGCGGGGUCGAGAAGAGAGCAGGAGGACCGACCCUCCGGAGGAGGAAAUGCUGAGGCGCUUGGAGGCCCUGACUUGGUGCAAUGGACUCAACAUAUGGAGGCUGUGAAGGCGCAGCUGCUGGAGCAAGCACAGAGACAGCUGCUGGAGCUGCUGGAUCGCGCCAUGUCAGAGGCCGUACAAUCCUACCCGCCACAAGGCAGACCUCUGCCCACUAUUCCUCCAGAUUCCCCGAACAAAAUCCAGGAGCCAUCCCUGAAGAAACGGAAAGUUUUUAUCAACCGCAAGUCCCUGCUUGAUGAACUGAUGGAGGUGCAGCACUUCCGGACCAUCUACCACAUGUUCAUCGCCGGCCUGUUUGUCUUCAUUAUCAGCACCCUGGCCAUCGACUUCAUUGACGAGGGCAGGCUGAUGUUGGAGUUCGACUUAUUGAUCUUCAGCUUCGGACAGCUGCCCUUGGCUCUGAUGACAUGGGCCCCCAUGUUCCUGUCCACUCUGCUGGCGCCCUACCAGGCCCUCCGGCUGUGGGCGAGGCCCCAGGCUAGCGGUGCCUGGACGCUGGGGGCGGGCCUGGGCUGCGUGCUGCUGGCGGCUCACACCACAGUGCUGGGCAUACUCCCGGUCCACGUGGCUGUGAAGCAUCAGCUCCCGCCAGCCUCCAGCUGCGUCCUGGUCUUUGAGCAGGUCAGACUCCUGAUGAAGAGCUAUUCCUUCCUGAGAGAAGCUGUGCCUGGUCUCCUUCAUGCCAGAGGAGGUGAGGGGGUUCGGGCCCCCAGCUUCUCCAGCUACCUCUACUUCCUCUUCUGCCCCACACUUAUCUACAGGGAGUCUUACCCCAGGACACCCAACAUCAGGUGGAAUUAUGUGGCCAAGAACUUUGCCCAGGCCCUGGGCUGCCUCCUCUAUGCCUGUUUCAUCAUGGGCCGCCUCUGUGUUCCUGUCUUUGCCAACAUGAGCCGGGAGCCCUUCAGCACCCGCACCCUGGUGCUCUCCGUCAUGCACGCCACCUUGCCAGGCAUCUUCAUGCUGCUGCUCAUCUUCUUUGCCUUCCUCCACUGCUGGCUCAACGCCUUCGCAGAGAUGCUACGAUUUGGAGACAGAAUGUUCUACCGGGACUGGUGGAACUCCACGUCCUUCUCCAACUUCUCCAACUACUACCGCACUUGGAACGUGGUGGUCCACGACUGGCUGUACAGCUAUGUGUAUCAAGAUGGGCUGUGGCUCCUUGGUGGCCAGGCCCGACGGGCAGCCAUGCUGGGCGUGUUCCUGGUCUCUUCAGUCGUCCAUGAAUAUAUCUUCUGCUUUGUCUUGGGCUUCUUCUACCCUGUCAUGAUGAUACUCUUCCUUGUCAUUGGAGCACCGAUGAACUUCAUGAUGCAUGACCGGCACACGGGCCCAGCAUGGAACGUGCUAAUGUGGACCAUGCUGUUUCUGGGCCAGGGCAUCCAGGUCAGCCUGUACUGCCAGGAGUGGUAUGCACGGCGGCACUGCCCCCUGGCCCAGACAACUUUCUGGGGGCUGGUGACACCUCGAUCCUGGUCCUGCCAUACCUAGAGGCACCCUCACUGUCCUGAUGACACCAGCAAGUUCUUCUCUGCCUGCACAGCCUGGGACCAGGGCUCAUCUCUCUGCACUCCAAGACGUAGCUCCGAGGCAAGGGGGCCUUGCAGGCAUGACCCCACCAGGGAAUUCUGGAGACUCAGAUCUGUGGGCCUGUAGACAGCUGAACACAGACCCAGGAUGGUGGUGGCUCUUGAGGCCCCAUCCCCAUAGACCGGGCACAGGGCCCCCUCCCAUCCCAUGGCUGUCCAGAUUUGAGGAGACUCACAUAUUUGGUGAAUGUGGGGUGACUUACAAAGACCUGGACCACCGAGGUCUGAGAAGGGUUUGAUUCUGGUUUUGUACUUCCAAUACAAUAAUAAACUCUACGUUUCUUU